GCCGCCGCCGGAGUGCCCUCCCCAGAGACGGGUCAGGUGGCAGCUCUCAGCCGUGCUCCCCGAGAAGUCAGAGUGGGGGUCCCGGCGCCUCAGCCGGCUGGGCUGGAUCUGGAGAGCGCGCAGCGGGACCCGAGCCCCCUCGGACCUGCGAGCGGUAAAAAUAAGUAACUAGAAGAACAUAUCUGGGAGUCAGCUAACAUGUCACGGAGAAGAUUUGAUUGCCGAAGUAUUUCAGGGUUGCUAACUACAACUCCUCAAACUCCGAUAAAAAUGGAAAACUUUAAUAAUUUCUAUACACUUACAUCUAAAGAACUUGGAAGAGGGAAAUUUGCUGUGGUUAGACAGUGCAUAUCAAAAUCUACUGGUCAAGAGUAUGCUGCAAAAUUUCUGAAAAAGAGAAGAAGAGGACAGGAUUGUCGAGCAGAAAUUCUACAUGAGAUUGCUGUGCUUGAGUUGGCAAAGUCCUGUCCCCAUGUGAUUAAUCUGCAUGAGGUCUACGAAAAUACAACUGAAAUAAUUUUGAUAUUAGAAUAUGCUGCAGGUGGAGAAAUUUUCAACUUGUGUUUACCUGAGCUGGCUGAAAUGAUCUCUGAAAAUGAUGUUAUCAGACUCAUUAAACAAAUACUUGAAGGAGUUUAUUAUCUACAUCAGAAUAACAUUGUGCACCUUGAUUUAAAGCCACAGAAUAUAUUAUUGAGCAGCAUAUACCCACUUGGAGACAUAAAAAUUGUAGAUUUUGGUAUGUCUCGAAAACUUGGGAAUGCAUGUGAACUUCGGGAAAUUAUGGGAACACCAGAGUACUUAGCUCCAGAAAUCCUCAACUAUGAUCCAAUUACCACAGCAACAGAUAUGUGGAAUAUUGGUAUAAUAGCAUAUAUGUUGUUAACGCAUACAUCACCAUUUGUGGGAGAAGAUAAUCAAGAAACAUAUCUAAACAUUUCUCAAGUUAAUGUAGAUUAUUCAGAAGAAACAUUCUCAUCAGUUUCACAACUAGCCACAGAUUUUAUCCAAAGCCUUCUAGUAAAAAAUCCAGAGAAAAGACCAACAGCAGAAACUUGCCUUUCCCAUACUUGGCUGCAGCAGUGGGACUUUGGAAGCUUAUUUCACCCUGAAGAAACUCCAGCUUCCUCUCAAAUUCAGGAUCAUCCAAUCAGAGCCUUCGAAGAGAAGGCUUCUAAAUCCUCCUGUAACGGGACCUGUGGAGAUCGAGAAGACAAGGAGAAUAUCCCCGAGGAUAGCAGCAUGGUGUCUAAAAGAUUUCGCUUUGAUGACUCUCUGCCCAAUCCCCAUGAACUUGUUUCAGAUGUGCUCUGUUAGCACUUUUCCCUUUGACUCUUUGGACUGACUUAGAAAUCUGAAACCCAUGUUAGUGUGAGAUCUUGUUUUUUAAAGCUUCACAUAUGACAUGUUUAUAUUAUAAAUGCACUUUUGCUUAGAAGAACUUAGGGAACAGUUUAAAUGCUAGAUUUCUAUUUGCUAGCAUAAUAUUCCCUAUCCUGAAAUUGCUCUACAGAAAAUAAAAUGUUUAAAUAUAUAUGACAGAUUUAAAUUGUGCAUGUGAGUUCACAUGCUAAGGAAAUAAUUCAAGUUCAAAUGAACUUAAAAAUGUUUAUAAAGUGUAUAACAUCAAGAAAAAGGGUUAUAUUAUGCUUUUUGUAAACAAAAUGAGGACAUUGUGAUUAAAUAGGUUCUUUCUGGACCUGAUUUGUUUAGGAAAACAAAAACAAAAUAUCUGCUACUUUGUAGAUGUUUCAGAGACAUUUUACAGUUGAAAAUAUUUGCCAAUUACAAGUAUUUUGAAAUGAUGUAAGAUUUCCUUUGUAGACCUUAUUCUUUGUGAGAGUGACCCUUCACCCAGAGCGUAGUGGAAGUAAGACUGAUCAGGACUACUCUGGAUGGAUCAAAGAGUGGCAUGGCUUCAUUUUUUCUUUUUUAACUGAAACGUCUUGCUCAUUCAGAAUACAUCAGGUGUAUAAGGUCUGGAAGUUGUAGAAUGCAGUAUAUGCAAAUGGGGAGGUUCUUCCUCCUCUGGAGGAAUCAGGAGUAGUCGCACAGGUGGCAGUCUAAGGAGAGCAGUGUAGGCUUAGCGGCCAGUACCCAUGCUUCUUCCUCGUGGAGGGAGCGUACUCUUUCAGAGAAAUCUGUGAAGUUCCAUCUGGUGAUGAUUAAAAUGACUGCUGUGUAUAAUGUCCCAUUUACUAUGAUCUCAUGAGCAUUUAGUGUGUCAAACUACAUCCAUAAAACCUUGUAUUUCCCCACUGAGUUAGAUAGUAGCAGUCUGAGGACAUUUAAAUUUCUGAAGUUUUAAUAAAACCCAAAUUUCUCUAGAUAAUUUUAAACAGUUUUUUAAGUAAGCGUCAGAUGUCCUUGUUUGACUAAAUGUUGAAUUCCUUUAGCAUCUGCAGCAUUUUUAAAGGAAAAAAUGUUGUGCUCCGUGUGUCCAUGUGUGUAUAUGUAUAGGUGUAUGUAUAUAUGUAUAGACAAAACACAGUCUUUAAACGCUUUAUGUUAGACAUUCUUUGCUUGUAUAUUGUGCUCAACUCAGGUGCCAAAUAAGAUCUCCUUUUAUGAAUAAUAAAUCCAUAUACAAAUCUAUACAAAAUAGUUUGUUGGUCCAGUAAAGUAGAUGCUGCAGGUGUUGAAGUUAGCUCUCACAGAUCUAAAACUGAUGAGCUUCUAAGUUAUUGAUUGUGUAUUUGCUUCCAAUAUUAAGAUAAUUCAGGAAAAGCUUAGUAGGCCAUUGAAAAAUGAGAUAAUUACUUUUCCAAAAGCCUAUACUUUAUUUUUCAAAAAAUUGAUAAGUAUUACACCAUACCAAAAAAUAAAAAAGAAAUCUUUGAGCUUUGAAUUAUAAGCUGUUUUCUAAAACUAAUUUUAUAUUGGCUGUACUCUGAGGAAUCUUAAUACAGUUCACAUGUUUUCCCUUAGUUAAUAGGACAUAGAGUUGCAGAUUUUCAUACUUUUUGUUAUAACAUUUAAGUUUUAUUAUAAAACAGUAGGUAGUGAUUGUACAAAGAAUAUAAAAAACAUCUUUUUAUUAAAAGUAAAUUUAAUUAUUUUCCAUUUUGAAAUAUAGAAGUAAGUGAAUUCUCUGAGAAAAUUUGUGAAUGGAUGACUCAAUUUGUAUUUUUCCCCAUGACUGGGAGAAAAAGUCAUAUCAGAAACAGAUGAUAUAUCGCAUUAGACUAGGAAUCUGGUGCACAUGUCACAACACUUCAACACAUCUGAAGAGAACGGUCAAAUGUGUGUGAUAUUACAUGACUCAAAUUAUUUUUUUGUAUAGAUUCUCAUAAGAUAGAUGACUUUUUCCCUACUCUGAGUUUACCUGAGUGAGCAGUGGAAUUAUAGUGACCCUUAGACCAAGUGAGCAGUACCUGCUCACCAGUCUCCAGAAGAUAAAGUGAUUGUGUCAGAAUAUAACAUUUUUCUUAUUCUGAAAAAUCUCAGCUGACCCGUUGUGUCUAGUGAUUCGACUGAUUUGUAUUCUGGCACAAGCUUUUUGAUUUUGGAUGUGUUACAAGUAGUUUAUGGACCAUACUUUGAGUUCAAGCAGCAUUUAUAAGUGUUGACAUUUUGAAACUGUUUACAUUUCUUCUGUUGAUUUUUGGAAUUUUUUUUGGUAUGUGAUUUGGACUCGUCCUUAUUGUGUACAACAAUUGUACUUAAAUUUCAAAUUUUAUUAAAAUUACUGACUUCAAGUUUGAAAAGUUAU